GCUGACCGUGCGUUCCUUGACCAGAACCCUGAGGGUGUGCCACUGCGUGAGCUGCCGCUGGAUGAUGAUCCGAAGUUCCUUGCGAUGGAGCAGGAGCGCAAGCGGCUGAUGGACGAGGACCCACGCAAGAAUGCGCAGAAGAUUGCUGAUUUGGAGGAGGAAAUGAAUGAUCGCGCCCACGAGCUAGCGAAAGAUCUUUUGCGAAAGGAACGAUACUACCUUGACCAGAACCCUGAGGGAGUGCCGCUGGAUUGUCUACCAUUGAAUGAUGAUGCAACUGUUAAUAUGCUGGAGAAACAGCUACGAGAGUUUAAUAAAGUUCCUCUCGAAGAACGUGGUGGUGAUGUGGCUGAUAUACGUAAUGCUAUUGCGGAACGGGUUUACGAGAUGGCCCAGGAAUAUCGUGAUGAAGAGAGAGGGUUUCUUGAUGAAAUGCCUGAAGGUAUUCCAUUGAGUGAAGUUCCUAUAGAUGAGGAUAAAGUGUUUAUGGAAUUGGAGGAUAAGCUUCGUCAGUUAAAAAAGAAUCCCAAGCAAAAUGCUGAAGCAAUAAAGGAUCAUCAAUACGCAAUGAAUAAUCGUGUUCACGAGAUUGCAGCUGAUAUGCUUGCUAAAGAUCGUGAUUAUCUUAAUCCUGAGCCACAGGGUGUACCACUUGCUGAUCUUCCACUUGAUGAUCCUUUGUUUCAUGAAAUGGAACUGAAACGAAGACGGUUGAUGAAAGAGCCUGAGAAAAAUGAUGUGGACAUUGCGGAGCUGAAUGAUAUGCUGAAUGAUCGUGCAGACGAACUAGCAAAGCUUCUUCAUGCAAAAGAACGUGCUUUUCUAGAUCCUGCUCCUGAAGGUGUGCCGUUAGAGCGUUUGCCGUUAGAUAAAGAUCCUGUUGUACAUGAGUUAGAGGCACAACGCCGAAAGUUACUACAAUCAUCUCCGAGGAAUGAUGCUGCUAUUCGAGAUAUUGAAGAUAAAAUUAGGGAUCGUGUUCGUGAACUUGCGUUGAAUAUUGUUGGAUGGCAGGAUGUAGAAUUUCAUGAGGCUAACAAAGAUGUUGCAGAGGAAUGGCCACGUAUUUGUGAAUUAUAUCCAGAAGGUAUUCGUGAGGCUGUUGUACCCGAAAGAACCCAACCAUCCGAUGUGUGUUCGGCUCCUCGUGAGCUUGGGUACUUGGCACCGUUUAUUGCUGCAAUGAGUUUGCAUCCUCCUCUUAUUCAUCGUUUAUUUGACUCAAAGAUGCACCCUGUUAAUGGACCAUAUUCUUUUACGUUUUUCGAUCCUAAUAGUAAUCCAGUACGUGUUGAUAUUGAUGAUCGUGUCCCUUGUGAUGCAAACAUGGAACCUAAAUUUACGCGAGUGCCACAUCGUUCGUGGUAUCCUUUACUUCUUGAAAAAGCCUAUGCUAAAUUUGUUGGUGGAUAUUCUAGACUUGAUCAAUGUACACCACAUGAAACACUUCGUGAUUUAACAGGUCGUCCUGUGACGCAUAUUCCAUUUGAAGAUAAACGUGCAGAAGGAAUAAAAAUGGGCGAUUUUAGAUCAGUUAAAUUCUGGCGUGGUAUUCUGUCUGAUCUUUCUAAGGGUGAUAUUAUUACAUGUAUGUCUAACAAAGAAGUCCCGGAUGGCGUUCACUCUCAAUGUAGUUACGCUCUAUUUGACGUGAUUGAAACGGUAAAGGAAUCUAAUGAUCCGGCCGAUGUUGUUAUCAAAUUACAUAACUGCUAUUACGAUGGCACAACCUAUGAUGGUCCACUCAACCGUAAUGAUCCAAGCUGGACAGAGAAAUUAAAGGAAAUUUGUGGCUUUGAACCGUCACAAGGUGAGUUCUUGUAUUUGCCGUUACCUGUAUUCCUGCGUAAUUUUUCAAGUAUGCAACGAUGUCACAUUAAUUGUGGUGAUCGUCUUACUGCUGUCGGUGAAUGGGAUAAAGAUUCUUGUGGAGGUAAUCCAAAGUUCACAUCAUUCCGUAAUAAUCCGAUUUACUUGGUAGAAAACAAAACGGCACGCCCAGUGACAAUUCUGGUAGAAUUACGUCAUCAUUCACCAGUAUUCUAUGAUGCCGAUAAUGUUGGUCAUUACCAUCAAACCGGAUUGGCUUUGCUACAACAUGAUGCAUCUGCAAUGAUUGUAAGUGGAUUAUUGACAAAUACAACUCACAAAUUUCUUCAGAAAGGAAUUAUGUUGGAUACUCGAGAAGUAUGUUCAAGAAUGGAGGUUCCUCCUAAUUCCAUUUGUUAUGUGGUUCCCUACACCAUAAAGCGUGGGAGCUUGGGUAAGUUCAGUAUUUCCCUUUACCCUGGUUUAUCAGGUGCUACUUUGAUGCCUCUACGUCCUUUAUACGCUACACAUGUGACCACUAGUGUUGAUGUUGUUCUCAAACCAGGUAGUCGUGACGGUAAGCGCAUUGAUUUUGUGGUAAAAGAACCAUGCGAUUCCCAUCUCUUACUCAGUCAAACCAAGGUUACUGACCCAGCUUCAAUUAAAAAAGGUGAUGUUCUCGCUGAGGAUGACGUUUUAAUGAUGAUUUAUGAUGAGAAUAUGUCCCGUUUAGGAACAACGGGUGAUGCGACAAGCGCACGUGAACACUCCCUUGCUCUCCAGCUUCCUACUGCUGGACGUUACACUAUUCUAAUGGGUUGCCCGAACAAACCAGUGACUGGUGACUGUCCAUGUACACUUACCAUUUACACACCUAAGAGAGCCGGGGCGAAAAUUGUGCCACUUCCACCAGGGGGCACACAUUCAAUGAUGCCGGUGCUUGCACUCCCGCAGGUUCCACGAAGUGCGCCUCAAACGAACCGAAAAGAAAAGGAAGAAAACGGUAACGGUGAUACCUCAGCAAUGCGGAAUCGUCGAAGUGAUUCGCAGGGAAUGUUACUGCCGGCACCACCAAAGAAUGGCAGACCAUCGAAACCUAAGUAA